AUGGCUUUCAAAAGUUAUGUGCUCUUCACGUGCCUCUUUCUUUUUGCUUUAGCCAUUCCUGUUCUUAGCAAUAGACAGAUGAAGGGGCCUAACGAUGAACAAGCGUCAGCAUUCUAUUUCCUUAAAGGUUUGCAAGGUUGCCACAAGGGUGAAAAAGUAGAAGGCCUUCAUCAGCUUAAAAACUAUCUUGAAAAAUUUGGUUAUCUUAAUUAUUCUAGUGUCAAGAAUAAAACCUCUGAUGAUUUCGACGAUGCUCUGGAGUCUGCCAUCAGAAACUAUCAAAUCAACUACGAUAUCAAGGCCACUGGUAUUUUAGAUGCUGAAACAGUAUCAAAGAUGAUGACACCCCGAUGUGGUAUGCCCGAUAUUGUCAAUGGAACUAGCAGGAUGCGAGCAGGAGGCAUGGACCAUACUCAUCAUGGAUCCAAAUCCAUUCAUAUGGUCUCACAUUACAGCUUCUUCCCGGGUAACCCUAGAUGGCCACCUUCUAAAACACACCUCACCUAUGCAUUUGAAGCCAAUACACCAGCUGCUGCCUUCAGCCCUGUUGCACGAGCAUUCAACACAUGGGAUUCAGCAACACGUUUCUCAUUCUCACGUGUUCAAAACACAGCUGGUGCUGAUUUAGUUAUCGGUUUUCAUAGGCGUGAUCAUGGCGAUGGAGCCCCAUUUGAUGGCCCUGGUGGGACUAUUGCUCAUGCUUUCGCCCCUACCAACGGAUGGUUUCACUACGAUGCAGAUGAGAGAUAUUCUAUAGGUGCUAUGGCAGGAGCAUUUGAUUUGGAAACCGUUGCUCUUCACGAGAUUGGCCAUCUUCUUGGACUUGGUCAUAGCUCAGUUCGAAAUGCUAUUAUGUUUCCCUCGAUAGCUGCUGGUACAACUAAGGGUUUGGAUGCAGACGAUAUAGAGGGGAUUAGAGUUUUGUACCGCUGA